AGUUUCUAGGUGUUGUAGGUAAUGCCCAAUUUGAUAUCCAUUUGCCUUAAUGAGCUCUAUUUAUAUGAUGUUUCACUUGCACCUUCCUUUCCUUUGACCUUUCUUUGCCGUCUCAAGUCUGCACCCACACAAAAUAAUAAGGGCACAGAAGAAAAGAACACGCAUACACGGGACAAUCAUAUACUUUUAUAUCAGUUCUUCGAUCAAAGGGAAGGAAGCUGUUAAGAUCGCGUAUCCCGCCUUGUUUAAAGUAUUCAUUCCAACAUUUAAAACAUUUAUAUUUCUUUCGACGCUAUGGCUGCAAGUCAACAAAAACAAGGCUUCAUUAGCACUUAUUCGCCAAUAAUCGAACGCGAACAUGAAGCCGAUGAUGACAAUGAUGUAAACAAAGAGACGCCUUCGGCUGGUGGAUGCGCCUUCUUCAGGUCCCUUUGCUUCGGAUGGAAUGGCGAAAACGAGGGAGAUGAGAGUCACCUAUUGCAAGGAGGAGAAGUUGAGAAGGAGACAUGGUUGGUGAAGAAACUAAAGAAGUUGAAGGAGUUUUCGGAGGUUGUGGCAGGGCCGAAAUGGAAGAACUUCAUAAGAAAAAUUGGCAAGCUUUGUAAUGCAAAGAAGUCUAAAACACAGUUUCAGUAUUCUCCAGAAAGCUAUGCUCUCAACUUUAAUGGCGAAGAUGAUGACGACGAGGAAGAUUACCAUUUGGUGCAUAGUUUUUCAGCAAGGUUUGCUCCUCAAGCUUUCAAUGAUCAACAGAAUACGGCUGUAUUGUGAUAAUACCUACCUUAUAAUCUAGCUAUUUGUGAUUUGUUUUUCAUAUUGUUGAUUGAUAAUAAUUGAACAUAUUACUUGUACCUUUGUUGUCA